UUUCCUUGACUGGAACAUGUUUUCGUUUUCAUCUUCCUUUUCUUUGGUGCUAUUUUGUACGAUUUCUUUCUUAGCUUUAUGAUUUUGGUGUGUGUGUGUGCGCGUAGAGAGAGAGAGAGAGUUCAAAGAGAGAAACGUGAAAUGCAAAUUUUUCUUAAAACCCUGCAAAGAGCUGUGGUUUUUCACAUUGUCUCUUCGAACUUUUGAUUCUCUUCUACAUGUUUAUUUGUAUUUCGGAAAACCAAAAAGGUAGUGCAAAAAUCAAAGUUGGAAGAGACAAUGCUUUACAAAUUGCAGAGUCUGAAAUUAUUUGGUUACGAGGGAAGAUCAAAGAACUGCAAUUCUGCAAACAUGUGGUACCGCAUCGCAAGGGCAUCUGAAUUCCUGGUGAUUACCGGGAUUGGUAUUAAUGAACUGAAGAUCACAAAAAAGGCACUAGUAUGGCCAUUGCAGAAAUGUCGGGUUAUUGAUGUCACUCCUGUGAACUAUACUUUUGAAGUCAAUGCUAUGAGUGCUGAGAAGCUGCCCUUCCUUCUCCCUGCUGUUUUCACUAUAGGUCCGUGUGUAAAUGACCCUGAGGGACUUGUUAAAUAUGCUAAACUUCUUUCCCACCAUCAACGUGAUUCACAUGACGUGAAGGACCUUGUUCAAGGUGUCAUCGAGGGAGAGACUCGUGUUUUGGCUGCUUCCAUGACCAUGGAGGAAAUCUUUAAAGGCACAAAAGAUUUUAAGAAGGAGGUGUUUGACAAAGUUCAGCUUGAGCUCAACCAGUUUGGCUUGCUGAUUUAUAAUGCUAACAUUAAGCAACUGGUUGAUGUUGAAGGCCACGAAUACUUCUCUUACUUGGGGCAGAAAACCCAAAUGGAAGCUGCAAACCAAGCAAAAAUUGAUGUUGCUGAGGCCAAAAUGAAGGGUGAGAUAGGAGCUAAGGAGCGAGAAGGUCUCACACGUCAAAAUGCUGCCAAGAUUGAUGCUGAGACAAAGGUCAUAUCCACGCAAAGGGAUGGUAUCGGAAAGAAAGAGGAGGUUAAAGUCAAGACUGAUGUUAAGAUCUAUGAAAGUCAGAGAGAAGCUGAGGUGGCUGAGGCAAAUUCUGUCCUGGCAACCAAGAAGGCUCGGUGGUCUCAGCAGGCAAAAAUGGCUGAGAUCGAAGCCCAGAAAGCUGUGGCACUUCGGGAAGCUGAAUUACAGCAAGAAGUUGAGAGGAAGAAUGCAUUGACUAAGACAGAGAGCCUCAAAGCACAACACCUCAGUAAGGCUACUGUUGACUAUGAGAUUAAGGUACAAGAGGCCAACUCGGUGCUGUACAAGAAGCAGAAGGAAGCAGAAGCAGAGCUUUAUGAAAAUAGAGAAGCUGCAGAGGCUAAGAAACUAGCAGCAGAUGCUCAGACGUAUGCCGUUCAAUUAGCUGCUGAUGCUGCACUCUACGCCAAGAAGAAAGAGGCUGAAGGACUGGUCGCUACUGCAGAAGCACAGGGAGUCUAUGUCCGCAAUCUGCUGUCAGCUUUGGGAGGAAACUACAACGCGUUGCGAGACUACCUGAUGAUUGAGGGAGGAAUGUUUAUAGACAUUGCCAAAAUCAAUGCUGAAGGGAUCAAGGGACUUCAACCAAAGAUCAGCAUUUGGAGCAAUGGUGCCAGUAGUGGGCAGAUGGUAGAUGGAACUAGUAGUGGACAAGCUGGAUUGAAAGAGUUGGCUUCUGUUUACAAGGCAUUGCCUCCUUUACUUGAGACUGUGCAUGAGCAAACUGGAAUGUUGCCACCAGCAUGGAUGGGAAGCCUCUCUGUUUCUGCUGCUGAUCCAGCCACAUCCAACCAAUCUGCAUAGGAAAUCUUAUGACUUCACAUCCAACCAAUCUGCAUAGGAAUUCUUUUGACUUUUAGAACCAUCUAGUAGGGACUCCAACUACCAAUAAGCUGACAUGAGUAAAAUUUGCACUGAACUAUUUCAGAAAUAGUUUUAGUAGUAUAUUAGGCUUUUGAUCUCUGCACAAGUGAUGCUUGCAAUGCUUUAUUACAGACAGAUUUAAUAUCUUGUUGAUAUUAUAGAAGACUGAUUGUUGAAAUUCAUGGGUGUGACGGAGAUGAGUCAGGCUCCUACUUCUUCAUUGUUAGGUAUGCUCACAGGCAUGCAAUGAUCAUAG